UGUGUGUGUGUGUUACUCUCAACAGCUUGACUCAGAGGCUGCAGAUAUCCUCAAUGACCUGCAAGGGAAGCUUAAUUCUGUUCUGGAUAACCUGAGUGGCAUGUUUGCCAAGAGUUUCCAGGCCCGUAUGAAUGCAUGUGUGUGUCAGAUGGCGGAGAUCCUGUAUCAGAUUAAAGGACCUCUGAAUCAGAACAGUCGUAACACAGCGGAGGCUGAUGCAGACAACGCACUGCGGCCGCUUAUGGAGUUCCUCGACACAAACCUCAGCAUCUUUGCAGACAUAUGUGACAAGACCGUGUUGAAGCGUGUGCUAAAGGAUCUCUGGAGGAAUGUACUGAUCUGCAUGGAGAAAACGAUUGUGUUACCUCAGAGCAGCGACAGUAUAGGAGCUCAACUUCUUACUGCUGCUAAGGAACUGUCUAAACUAAAGGGAGGGGUGGAGCCAAAAAGCUUGACACCAAGGCAAUGCGUGAUCGUGGAGGCAGCACUGGAUUCAAUAAAGCUCUUCUUCCAUGCUGGUGGGAACGGUUUAAAAAAAGCAUACCUGGAGAAGAGCCCUGAGCUGUCAUCGCUGCGCUAUGCUCUCUCACUAUAUACACAGACCACAGAUGCUCUUAUCAAGGCGUUUGUGACAACACAACAUGCUCAGGUUCAAAAUGGCAUGGGCAUCAGGUUCACCCCCAAGGAGAACGUUCGACCUGACAGAGGCUCUGGGGUUGAGCGGCUGAUUGGGGAGGCAGUGAUUCAGCUGGAUUUGUCGCCCCCUGCUGGGAACACUGAGCAGAAACUCUGUGUCAGAGUUAUUGCGGUAAACGACAUGACAUGGCAGACCUCAGGGAUGUUUCGUCCAUUUGUGGAAGUUAACCUGGUCGGCCCACAGCUCACAGAGAAGAAACGAAAAUUCACAACCAAAUCGAAAAACAACAGCUGGAAUGCAAAGUACAACGAGGCCUUUCAAUUUGUGUUGGGUAAAGGCGUGAGUCUGGAUUGCUAUGAGAUUCAAAUAACGGUAAAGGAUUAUUGUUUCGGUCGUGCGGACCGGGUGGUCGGGAUCGCAGUACUGCAGCUACGUGACAUAGCAGACAGGAAAAGCUGCGUGUGCUGGUGCCCCUUGGGCCCGCGUAUCAACAUCAACGAAACCGGGACCACUGCACUACGAAUCCUCUCCCAGCGCUCAACUGAUGAGGUUGCCAAAGAGUUCGUCAAACUCAAAUCUGAGACCAGGCCUGCUGAAGAAGGAAGGUGAAGAUGAAACUCAAGGUCGACAUCUUCAAUUUAUCAUUAGGAUUAAAGUGGACUGGUUUAAACAAGAAACUGAUACUAUGAGACAAAUGAAAAGACUGACAGAGAGACGAGCAUUCACAAACCAAGGACCUACACUGUUUAUAAAAUUGUGUAUGUUUAUUCAAAGCCUUAAGAGUCACUUCACUGUUUGACUGGCUUCGCAUCACUCUUCAUGAUGGGCAACUGCUCACUAAAUGAGUGCUAGCAUAGUGUUCCCACGGUCGUGAAAAAUCUGGAAAUGUCUAGGAAAAGUUAAGGAAAUUAAUAGAAUCUUCAUUACAUAGUCAUUACUAAAAUAUUGAAUUGGCAAGUAAUCUCUACAUUUGUGUUUUACAAAAAUGAUCUAGAUUACCAAACAACUUGAAAAUUCAUCGAAAUUAAAAAAAAUAAUAAUAAUCUUAAGUCAGUACUAAAAUAUUUUGUUGGCUAGAAAUUGGUAUUUAUGAAUAUUUUUUUUGAAGAUUUACAUAUAAAAUCUAGUAAACAAAUGACUGGAAAAGUUAUGCAAAUUAAAUUUUAAAUUAGCACUAAAAUAUUUGGUUGGCUAGAAAUGUAAAUAUUUGGUGUUUUUUUUUUUUGUUUUUUUUUACAAAAAAUUAUGUAGGCAUUUAAAUGUUAAAAAGUCAGCAUUAAAAUAAUUUGUUGGUUAGAAAUUGGUCAAAUUGUUUAUCAAACAUCUGGAAGUCACAGCAAUGUAUUGAUAAAAAGGUGUGGGAGCCCUGUGAGAAUAGAAAAGCAGAACUAUCACUUCACAAUUACUCAAAGCACAUUGUAAUGAAAGGUAUCAGUAACAUCGUGAGAACAAAAAAUGGGAGAAGAUGUGAGAGUUUUGCCUAACCAUGAGUCUAUGGGCUCAUUCCACAUGUUCUCUGUGGCCUUGUGAAUGGGAGUGGUCUAUUCUACCUGUUUUUUGAUUGACAGGCACAGAUAUGCACAUUUAGACAUACACUUUUCUCUAUUAGUAUUGAUCACUGAUGUGUUCCAGAAAUCUUAUCUGUGGUACCUUCAAUGCAUUCAUCUUUGUCAAAUUGAAAGGCAUUUCUUGUAGUCAUAGCUUGUUUAUGGGUGUCUCAAAACGGAUAAAUACGGAAGUAAAAAAAAGACAAAUAUAGACCAACCAGUAGUGCCAGCCAUUGAGAAGAGAGGUCCUGUAUGAAGCAUUGUUUACUUUGUGCCAAGUAGUUUGUAUGCUCUCUCUUCUGAGGUGUUUUGUUUGUAAUAUAUGCACAAACAAACAGUCUGUAAAGUAGACUACCACAUGUGCAUGCAUUUCUUGUAAAUUCCAGCUUUUGGUCAUAUGUUUUGUUUAUGUUUUGUUAAUAUGUGGAAAGCUGUUUAUGCGUUUUAAACUGUGGAAGGAGUUCACAGAUUGUAUCCUUAUUCUGAAUUUAUUUAUAAAUGAUUUAUGAAUUAAUGUGUGAUUCUGAUCUCUCUUUUGGAAUCCGUUUUUGUGACACUGGUGUGUUUGUUUGGAUGCAUUGAUCUGUGAUUGUAAAACCUACUCUCGCUAUUUUAAACUUUCUAUAUGACUGUCGUUCUUCCUCUUUAAUCAUUUCCUCUCUUCUUUUGUCUACAGUAUUUAACAGCAGAAGCAUGUCAUUUUUUUAGUGUUCCUUCUCUCUUUAGAAGUGCCUCUAGAAGAGUCUGAUCCAGAUACGUCCUUGCCCUGGUUGUUGUUUAAAACCACCAGGCCGUUCCACUCCCUUGACCUCUGCCUUUAAUGAGGUGACAUGUUUUAAAAAUCAAUGAAACCCAGGUAAGACUAAAUUCUGUAGAAUGCAGAUCACUUAUUUGUUUUAAUGCUAGCAGUUUGAUGUGGAAUAUGUAUGUUUAAAAGUUAGGGAAUGGCAUUGAUUUUGUGGCAAAUACUUUUUAACCUCUAAAUUAAAGUUAUUUUGGUGGUGUCACAUUAAGAUUCUCUCACUUCUGCGUUUUGGGGCAGUUUAGGGUCAUCGGUUCGUUACAUUUGUUUUAUUGCAAGUAUGGAUAAACAUUGGUAGUUUUAUAAAUGU